AUGAGCAAGACCAACUCUAAGGCGGGGUAAGUCUAAAUAACAUUCACGAGCUUUUAUAGCUUUUUUAAAAAUGUCGAAGUUUAACUUAAACUUAAAUUAACUUUCAAACAGGAACUUUCUUCCUUAGCGUCAAGUUGUCUUUUAUUAUUUAUAGGGGUACUGCAAGGAUAGGCGCCUUGCUUGAACAACUGCAAAAACUUUGUCUCGCUGGUUCAGAGGCGAAAUAUGAGCAAGAUAAGGUUGAUGUGGAACAGUUGCGCUACGUUACAAAUAAAAUCCAUCAGCUUUUGUCAUCUCAAGGUUAGUUAAGAGCUUAUAAUAAAGUAGAUGAUCAUUCCUUUGAGUUUAGUAUUUCCGAUAUAGCAUAAUAAACUUGCCAUCUCCUUGUAUUUAUGACCAUUCGUCUCAGUAAAAGAAAAAAUUGAAAAAAAGCGCUGUUGCCGUAUUAUCAGCAGGCUUUAUGGAGCUUAAAUGGAGCAUUGCGGGUAAAUUAAUGGGUAAAUAAAGUAAAUAUGAUUAAUGGUCGUUAAUAUAUCAUUUCAGUCAUUCCUCUUGAAAAGUGCUUGCAUGUACAUGUAAGUGCUCUCGACAUACGCACAGCUGCAGCAUGAACUAAUUGUUUUAUAACAUUAUCAAAGCGAUCAAUGCAUCAGUUCACUUAAAAUUUUAUUAUUGUAGGGCGCGAAAGCAGUACGCGUCAAUGUUUACGUGAGUAUAUUUUUUUCCCUCACAGUUAAGCUUAUGUUUUUAUCCUGAAACGGAGAGAAAGUGUACUCUAAAAUGGUUGUAAAAUCCAUAUUUAGGUGCCGGAAAACUAUUAAUUCACCGAAAAAUUGUUAUUGAGAGAAAACAACUUUGCGAAGAAUGAUCUCACGCCAUCAGCGUGCUCAAUAGGAAUAUGAAGCACGCUCGCGCUAUUGAAUUUGAUUAGGGGAAUUUUCUAGCUAUGUUAUAAUUAAUAUUUGUGUACUUGUAUUAAUAAUCUUAUAAUUUUAUUAACUGUUAUUCUCUCUUUUUGGGGUGGGGCUUAUAAUAUAAACACCAGCUCUGUCAUUGCAUUAAUUAGGUGUGAAAGAGUGAUUUUCCAUAUCAGAGAAACUCUCUCUAUAAAGGCAGAGAUGUAUGCAGGGGUCAGUUUAAUAAAACUUUUACACGUGUAAAUUAUUUACAAGUGUAGCUAUUGUUCUCAGACUCUAAAACAAUGGCUACACUUGUAAAUUACACGUGCAAAAGUUUUAUUAAAUUGACCCCUGGUCCAGCAUAGACCAUCUUAGAGAGAGGUGGCUGUAGACAGUCAAAGUGUUUUUUCUUUUUUUUUUUCCAGAGAAAUGCCGCAAAGAUCUUACCACAAAGUUCACUGAUGGCCUCUCAACACUGCUUGUUGUUCUGGAGGUGCGAUUGUGUGAAACUUGAAACUUUCAUUGUUUUAGCCAGAGAAAACAGCUGACGUUUCAUGAUGCCACCACUGGUUUCCCUGCAAAAUGACGUCUGAGAAACAAGCACAGAAAUCCCAUAUUAAUGACGCAUCACUACCCAGAUCUGGUUAGUGACACAUCUUCAGUAUGAAUUUCUGUGCUCAUUUCUCAGACAUCAUUACACAGGGAAAUCACCUGUGGUCUUGUAUAGAGCACAGCAGAUCCUAGGCUAACAUUCUUUGGCUUGUCCUUUACACCAUAAUAGUCAUCCUGUGCCAAACAACAACUGUACAUGUAUGUGGUGUUACAGACUUCAGCUCAAACUGUUUUUAAUACAGCACUACAUGUACACUAUACAUGUACACAUUUAGCACAACAAUAGCAGGCUAAGGGUGCACAUGUACAAACUGGUACUACCCUGACUUUAUGGGGCUGACACAUACCACUGAACCAGCAGCUUAGUAUAAUAAUUAUACUAAUAAAUUAUAUUGUUACCCAGACAAUAGGACAGAAACAAAUUAUUUUGAAUACUUGUAAACAUAAAAAGUAAACAUCCCAGUGGAUGGGGGCAAACUAGUUUACUGAAGUAUUAGUUUACAAGUAUGACAAAGGAGUUAAACUAUGAGCUACCAAGAGCAACCUGAGCUUAUAACAAAAGGCACACUUGAAUCAGGAGUGACCAUUCCAGUUCCUUCAUAAAGCAGCCAUGCUGCCUUCUGACAGAAGCAUAUAAGACCCAUAUAAUGCUGAAGCUUCUAAAUUUCCUUAUUUGUUUGGAACCAUGUUGGGGUUCUUUAGCUGUCCAAUCAGAGGCACGGGUUUUUCUUUUGUCCAAAUAUGGAAUCAGACAAUUGAAGGUACCCUCCUGAAAAGUAGCUAAUUACAAAUUCUUUAAGUCCUUAAGAGUUCUCGAAGUACAUCCACGACUCAAUAGCACACAUUAAGCCGUUUAAAUUUGUUAUUUAACAUAAUCAAUGGACGAAAACAUUAUUUUAUAUUUAGGCUGCCAGGUAGUGGAGCUGAUGAGUGUGUUGUCAUUGUCGUGUGCUAAGCUGCACUAUGGCAUGUAGGAAUGAUUUUCUUUGCAAAUACUUUCCCUAAAAAUAACCUUCUUAUUUGAUAAGCAGAGGACUGUAGUUUUUCUGUCUCAGUGUUCAGUGCAAAACAUGCUAUAUGUUAUUCUGAACAACUUUAUGCAUCGCUCCUAAUGUUAAGAUAACAACCUUUGAAAACUAUCAGGUAAACAAAUAGGCUCACAUAAUGUUGAUGCAUACUCUUUUGAGCACACACUAGCUUUCGUCUUAAGCCAGGCCUGUAAGAUGUGUAUCAUAAUAAUAAAAUCAUUAGUUGACUUUUGUCUUGUCUGAAAUAAGUCAAUCAUGGUCAUAUUGGAUUCCAAUUUUUGUCAAAUUUACUCCAUAACACAGAACUGUAAUUAUUGCUCUUGUAGCUCUUUGUUACCUCACAAUACAAGGUUUCACAACACUAGUGUGGCAGUCUCUCAUUUCAGUGAUUCCAUAUUAGGAAGUAAAUUUUGAUUGGCUUUCCAAAAAACCCCAGAAUUGGAAUAGAGUUUUAGGGUUAUAUGCUUCUGCUUCUGAUGAUAGCCAAGUUCCAGGGCUCAAAAUAAUGACCUGUCAAUGGACAUUGCUUGGCCAAGAUGAUUAUCUGUCUUUUGUUAAGUUAUUCUCCUUGUACAUUUUUAACAUUUUGACCGGUCAGAAGAGAGAUGUAAUUAAGCUACACUGUUUUCAUUCAGAUUUUAUGAUGCAUUUUUUGGUUACAAAGUUUUUGAAAGUAGACUAGUUGCUUCUUCUUUCUAGAAAAAAGUAGCCGACUUCUCUGAGCAAAGUAGCUGGCGCGUUUCAUCAACCGUCGUUGCUCAUUGAAACCCCUGAUGACUAGUUUAAUAACAUGUUGAUUACUCAUUAAUUAAUUAAUCAUUGACUAUGAUGUAGCACUGUUCACUAAUGUAAGCUUUACUACAUAUUUGAUCCCUUUAAUGAAAAUAUUUAUUUCAGAUGUCCUUGGACACUCAGCUGACAUUAAAUAUUUUGGGCUGCCUUUGUGAAUUGCUAACUACAGGUGAGGUUCCUUUUCUUAGCUUAUAUAAUAUACAACUGUAUAUAAGUUACAAAAAUUCUGUAAUUAAUUUGUGGAACUAUUCAUUCUUACUCAAUGGGUCAACUUUUGGGCUUUUAGCUAAGCAUUGAAAUCUGGGCAUCCAGUCUAAAUUUUUUUCCUUUAGGAUUAUUUUGAGAGAUAAAAAGGUGAAUUUUCCUUAAAUUUCUUCUUAAAAUGGCCAUCCACCGGAAACCUGGACACUCUUUGGGCUUUUAUUUAGAUUUUGAAAGCUGAAUGCCCAGGAAGCAUGGAUUCCUAUAAAUUAAGAGAUUAUGUGCACAAAACUGCUAAACUUUGAUCUCAAAUUUGUGAUAACUUGGAUGCAAUUUCAAUGCUGAAAUCACUGGCCCAGCGUUUAAACAUACAUGUGCAAUUCCAGACUGUAACCAGAUUACCGCUCUUUUCAUACAAUCAAUUGUAAGUCUUUGAAAAGUAUAAUACACAGAAAACAGCAAGGCAAGAGAAGCGGUUCAUUUGUUAUCAUGGACAAUACUAUUCAUUAUGGUACAGGUGCAUUUUGUAUGAUACAAGUACGCUGUACAUAGCCUUGUUUUGUUGCUUACAAGUUUCAUGAUACUUAGAUGUAACAAUUAUUGGAUCAGGCUGAAUAUCAUCUGAAGAAUUAUGGAUAGAGGAGGGCGUUAUCCGCCGAAGCCGAUUAGGCCAAGGUGGAUAACACUCUCCGGGAUUCAAUAAUAAAUUAUUUUAUUAUUCAUUAAAAAUAAUUCCUAGCUUAAAAACAAGCUGUAAAGUUGAUCUUUAUUGGCAAGUUUUAGGAGAUAAAGGGUUGUUCAGUACUGCAAAUAUUCUCAAAAUAUCAGAUGUUGUCCGUCGAGUUGUCUUCUUGCUGUUCUUGCUAUGUUUUUAGCCAACAGAAUGAUUAUAGUUUGCCUAUUUCUGCCUCGUGAAAAAAGUGAUAUGUUCCACCAUUUUGUACUCACUUCCAAAACAACUCAACCACAUCCCCAGGUCUUCUUGGUUAAUUGUUCAAUAAUCUGGCGAUCAUGCUGCACAAUAUUGAUGUCAUUUUUCACAUACAGGUGUAUCGUUUUGGUAGAGUAGCUGGUGGUGAUGAAUUAUGUGUGGGAUUUUAGCCAAUCAGAAACCGAGAAAUUAAUAUUUUUAAUGAAUAAUAUACAUUGUAUGUACAUGUAGUUCUUUUGUUAUGGAUUGUGAUAUUUCAACUGCAUCUUGCUGCUCUAGAUCAGUCAAUAGUGUGAGACUAAUUUUAAUUACACUAUGGUUGCUUGUGAUUGGCUCUUUAAUAUGAACCUCACUCAAGUGUUAAUUCCUUUAGGAAAAAGAGCCUCUGUUCUUGCUGCCAAGGGAACGGUGGAUAUUAUUCUGAGAGUUGUUGUGAACACAAGUAAAGACACCUCAGUCUGCGCAGAGGAAAUCCUGCUAUUGAGCCAUGUUAUUCUAACUAAAGUGGGACCCAAAGGUAAAAUACUGUACAUGCUUAUCAAGUCAAUUAAAGAGGGCUCAUAUAUAUCCUCUAAAACCUUUGAAUUUUUAGAGUCCUUUUUAGGUCUUGAAAGUCCUUGAAAUUCUCUUGUGUUCAUUUUGGACCUUGAAGUUUAAUUGAGGAGCAUUUUCAAUUGUCCAAAAAACUUUGGCAAAUACCAGUCUAAAGCCACCAGUCGGGAAUAAAAUCAGCAUUGAGGAAGUGAAAGUCAGAUAUGGACAGCCUGUGAUGAAAAGGCUGAGGUCUAGAAUAGUUAGCAGUGCCAUUGCAUCAGUUAAUUCAUGCAUUCACAUUGUAGAUGAUACUGAUCAUGAUUGUGCGUGACGAAAUAUUUUCAUUUUUUCUUAGUUUAUUUGGAAUCUGUGUUAAAAGUAAUUUAUUAGGUCCUUGAAAUUAAAAAUAGGGACUUUGAAAGUCCUUGAAAAGUCCUUGAAUUUAAUGUCUGAAGUAGUGUAUGAACCCCGAUUAAAAAAACAGUGUAUUUAAUUAUUUUUUAGUUAUUAAUAAUGUACUGAUUUGUGAAAACAUACAUGGUAUCAAGGCCGGAAGCGCAAGAUAUGUAGACUGUAUUUUACCUGCAUGGAUUGCUUCUUUGUAAGCCAUCUAAAGAGGAUUUGCUUGUUUGAAUUGAAAAGCAUAACUCAGAAACAUAAUAUUCCACAAAGUAAUUUUGAUUUUUGAUUCUUGUCAAUUAAACCUUUGUACAUGUAAGAAGAAUAUUUAAGUUGCUUUCCAAAUUUUUUUUACAUGUUUUGUUAGAGUUUUGAUUGAAUCAUUGGCGUAAGAUAUUGAUCGCAACAUAUUGACUGCAUACUGCAGGUCUUCAUUAGGCAAUAGUGUCAAUUUACUGUUUGGGACUAUUUGUACCACUGUAGUUGUUAGUAAUAUUGGCAUAUCAGGAACCUCACUCAUGAUGGUUGGUGGUUUUCAAUCCAAAGCAUUGUAAGUGUUAAAUAUCAGAGGAGGAAACUGUUCCCUCAGUGAGGGGGGCGUAAGGGGGGUCCGAAAACCGCAAAACCGCACAGAAAUACGCCAAAAAACCGCAAACCGCAUCGGAUUUUUUCCCGAAUACCGAAACCGCGCGUACAUGUAGGCCACAAUAUGAAAGCUGACGUCAGCAAGACUUGUGAUAUAUUCUGACUAGGAGUAAUCGGAGCUUAGGAGAGUGUGUUCGAUAUGUUUGUUAGGCAUACAAAUAGCAGUUGAGGCGAAAGGGUGGUUGCGAUAUCGAUAAAUAUGAUUAUGGCAUAUUUUGAACGUAUUAGGGUUGCAUACAGCGAAACCUCUAUUUAAACUGUGUAUCAUAAGAACGUUUUCAAAAGAUAUCGUAUGGUUCGGUGUCAAGUGCUUUAAAUCGGAGGAGACAUUGGCCAGAGUGCGUCGUAAAUGGAACAUUUUGUUUCACUGGCGCGAGUUACAGGGCGCAGUUGCUCAAAGGUCGAUUAGUGCUUAACCCGGGAUUCUUUUUCUUUCUUCAAAAACAUUUCUUCGGAUAAUUUUCUCUGUUGUUUUUAAGAGCAUCCAAUCAUCAACUUGUUGACAAAAUGAAUUACAUUGAAUUUACUGUUUUAAAAGCUUUCACAUCUGAAUUCAAACUUCGCACUAACCCUGUCAAAGCCUUCAAUGGUACGAGUGUGCGGCUCACGUCAAUAACUUUUCCAGUAAUUUGGUCCAGCAUGUUGAUUUCAGUGACUCGAGAGUGGCGCUACUGUGGGCUGGUUUAUAAGUUUUUCCUAAUAAAUAACGUAGAGUUAAAGUGUUCGUUUGUCCGGUGCCGAAAAUAUCACAAGUCAUGAUCAAAUGGCGCUGCCGAGCUUCACAUCUCGGUAGAUUUACUUUGUGGCACAAGGGCUGCCGAGCCACACAAGUCGGUAGAUUUACUUUUUGACACAACGACCGCCAAGCUACACAACUCGGUAAAUUUACUUUGUGGCAUAACGGCCGCCGAACUUAACAUGGUUUGAUGCAUGCACCAGGAGUCGCAGACAUUUUCCAAAGACAAUGAAGGCUUAAUCCAAAGUAAAAUUUAACAGCAAACUUCUGAAAGAUUUAACGCUUUAGACGAUUCAGCAAACACAUAUCGAUGUAAGCUUUACUUAAGAUUUAGCAAACUUUUUAAAAGAUGAACGCAUUUACUUAAGACAGAAUAUCAGACCUUAGCAAACCUUUGAAAGGUGAAUGCCGAGGACACAAGAAUCACCACAUGGAUUAGCGCGUCAAAGUGAGGCAAAACUUAAGCAAGCUCCUCAAAGCGAGGCAAAUGUGUGUAAUUUAUUUACUUAUUUAAAAAUGCAAUCUCAAAAAACCUCCCUUAUUAAUUGCACAAGACACCCAAUAAUGCACACAACACCCAACACAAAUUAGGGGUUGCGUUCGCAUUACCUUAACGCAUAAUAACAUUGUGCGUUAGUAUUAAACAUACCAUCAUAAAGCUAACGAUAUAUUGUACUACACUAUUAUACUCUAUUAACUACUAACCAAAUGCCAAGUAUGCUGGUCAUGUACUUGAACGAGUAUUGAUAUCUCCCUUGACUUUGAAAAACUCUGUAACUGAUCCUGUACGUCUUACAUUGGGUGACUGAUUACUUUGGACGACCCUGUGCUAGUUGUGGAACGCGGAAUAAAUGUUUCUUCUGGAAAUGUGACCUUCUUGUCUCGUAAAGGGUUCACGUUCAGUGGAGAAGACGAUUGUUAAAACGCACAGCUCUUCUGAAAUUCUCCCCUUCCUUUCCUUCUUCAUAGAAGAUUGCCACGCAAUUAAUUUUUACGUCCUCUUCGCUUUCAGUUGCGACCUCGACGACCUCAAUUGCCAUCGUCGCCCAUUGAAUCAAAGCAACGAGAACACGACGCUGAACGGCUGUACGAGCUAACAUCCGGCAGCUGAUUUUUUUACGCAUCACUGGCCAAAACGGUUAAUCAUAUUAAGUAUUAACUGGAAAAGGCCGUAACUGCAAACCACAGAGUUAAAUUGUAAGCUGAUAUAAUGAACCCUGAUGCGUUGUAAAACAAAACACUUGGCUCGCGCUUGCAAAACAACGGGAUGCCGACCGUUCUAAAGUGUGUUAUCACCGCAGACACUUUUUUCACCGAAAACCGCGACUUAAAUGUUGUAGUAACCGCAAACCGCUUAGUGUUUUGAAACCGCAAUACCGCGAGUUAAAAUAAAAAUUACCGCAAAACCGCACCAAAAAUAACGCAAAACCGCAUCACCGCAAACCCUUACGCCCCCCUCCUCAGUGGUCUGCUGUUGCUGUGGCAGCAAGCAGCCCAUCGCCACCACAGUAGACCACAUUGAUUGACAAUAAGCUUAAGUGACUAUUAUGAAGCAAAAGAUAAAUGUUUCCAAAGUGUUUUCUGUAAUGUUAUGUGCUUUUUUUACCCCUCAGAUCGUAAGCUGUGCAUUAAAGCUCGUUUGACAGGUGCUCUUCAAGUGACAAUGAAUGUCAUCAAGAAUAAUACUGCAUUCUUUAAAGUUCUUCAACCAGCCUUACAAGUUCUUAAACUAUACUCUGCUAACUGUAAGUCUAUAGCCAUGUUUUCCCUUUACUCUACUUUUUCUAACUGUAAAUGAAUAACUUUUUUUUUUCAACCCACUGACAUCAAACAUUGCAAAGGAAAUGCCACUUUUCAAAGGUAUUUGCUUUUGUCAUCCCUUCUAUUAGGAGUAAAAUCUGGUAAAACUUACUUCCAACAAUUAGUAAAAAAAAAACGAAACAAUAGGCUUGAUUUCCAUUGCUUUCCCAAGUCCAGUGAGUGUGGGCUUAUUUUCCUGAACAGCUGCUGGUAAUCGAGCCUAAUAAAAUAAAUUCUCAAGUUUUUGUUAACACAGAAACUAAUCAAAGUUAACUUUCAUGUGUUCAAAUUGAAAUUUAAUUUCCCAUUUGUCUAUAUGAUGGCAAAAAAACAGCACCUGUACUGCAGUAGUUUUCAAGGGCAGAAAGCCUGCUGCAGCAAUGUAGAAGUUGAUAAGUGUUGAGUUAGCAAUUGAAAAAUUAUUGGAAAAUUAUUGGCAUCUUCAAAGGGCUUUCCUUAUUUUGUGAAUUUUAUAGUACAGUUUAUUUUCAUUAUUUAUAAUUCAUGUAAGUAAUCAGUUGUUUUUUGUUGUUGUCAAAUUGCCAGCUGUUAACUGUAAUGCCUUGGCAAAGGCAGGAGCGGUUGGUGUACUUUUCAAAGUUGUUACAAGCUGUGGUCACAAGAGAGUCAUCUGUUUAAAGUGAGAACGUUAAUGUACUUUAAUACUAGCUAGCUCAGAGCACUUGAUGAGAACCCGGUCUAUCAACCCCCUUUCCCCUUCUCAGUGACAUCUACUUUGGCUCAGGAAAUCUGUCAAACUGCUCAAUUAAAACAUGCUAGCCUGACGUGUUGUUCCACUAGCCCCUGGCUAUCGGACAGCACCUCUAUUGUGCCUCCACAAUAAAUUUAUUAUGUUAUUCAGCCUUAUGGUUAUUGACAGGAGACUGAUAGGGAAUAAAAUAUACUACUACUACUGCUACUGCUACUGCUACUGCUACUCCUACUCCUACUCCUACUCCUACUCCUACUCCUGCUCCUACUACUACUACUACUACUACUGCUACUGCUACUGCUACUGCUACUGCUACUGCUACUGCUACUCCUACUACUGCUACUGCUACUGCUACUGCUACUCCUACUACUACUGCUACUGCUACUGCUACUGCUACUGCUACUGCUACUGCUACUGCUACUGCUACUGCUACUGCUACUGCUACUACUACUGCUACUACUACUACUACUAAUUUAUAACAAUAAUAUUUUUAUUGUUGUUGUGACAAUCAUGUUAUUUUUCAAUGAUUAUUAGGUUAGUGCUGGAGAUUUUAGCCACUCUUGUUAAGUCAAGUAAGUUUUUUCAAAUGUUUUUCUUUUGUACAGAAUAUUAAUAAUAAUGGUGAAUAAUACUGUCAGUCACAAGAUUUACUUGUAAUAAUUUAAGGUUAUAGUUUUGCUGUGAUUGGAUAGAUAUAUAUGUAGAUUAAACAUGGUUGUUGACUUCAAUAGGACAGUAACAACAGAACCACAAUUUUACUCACAUUUUAGUGUUCUUCUCUGAUUCUUACUAAAGUCCUUUUUCAACUAACAAAGCACAAUGUAAAGAAAAUAAUUUACUUGCAAAUUUAUGCAUCCUCUCACACAAAAAAUGCUUUUGUACAGGGUUAUUGUCUGUUUAUUGCUACCUAUAUGGAAAGUUAUUUUUAGAUCAUUUUAGCUCCUUACUAUUUCUCACAAAAGAUGUCUUUGUCCUGCAAUAUGAUUUUCCUUUUGAAGUAUUCUUGUGUUUUAGAAUAAUCUUGUGAGCAGAUUCUUAUACAGCCAAGCUACACCUAAGUUAUUGAUUAUUGCAUUACAGAGAACUGUGCAUCCAAAGCUGUCAGUUAUGGAGCUGUUCCAAUGCUGUUACAGAUGUUUUGUGAUUGGCAGAGAACUGAUCAUCAUCACAGACAAACCAACAUAAGAAAGGCCAUUCUAAAUGUUAUCAAGAACAUCACCAUGUCAAGUAUGAUGAUAUUUUUAAGUUCUAAUUAUUAAAGUUCAUACAAAUUGUUGCAGUAAGAGCAGUUUUCAGUCAUUGUGUUUGUGGUUACAUGUAAACCAAAAUAAUUGUUUUCAUGAAAAUUAGGCUUCUAAUGCUGUGGUGUUGUGUAUUUUAUCAAUCUCAUGUCACUUGCAAUAAAUUAUCUCUAUUAUUAUCCUUAAAAAAACAUAAGUAGUUAAAAAGAGUAAUAAUGAACAUAUUAUUCAAGAGCUAAUUAAGUGCUCGGUUUGAAUCAAAACACUAUACAGAGCUGCUGGAUAAACUGUUUUUUGCCCCAUCCAGUGUGAUGUGACCAGUGGGAAAUUCCUAAUACUUUUUGCAUUCUACCAGAAGUUUUAGUAUAUUAUUUCUCUACUAACUGAUCAUACAUAUGUACAGGAACUGGCAAGAAGGCAUUUAUUCAAGCAGAUGGUAUAAAGACCCUCUAUACAUUGUCUCUGGAAACUUUGGAAUGUAAGUUUGCUUUAGACUGAAAAAAAAGGCAGGCUGCGCUUGUCUGUAAGUCUUAAGCUCAUGCCUGUCAUUGAUUUUUUUUUUACAAAAAAGUUCAACUCUCGCAGGACUGGUUAGGAACACCAACAUGGCCGCUACUUCAUUGUUUGGGGACACCAGUGUGAUUGAUGUGGUGUCAUGUGAAAAUGCUCUAUAUACACAGUGCUGUAUCAAGUGAGCGUUUUGAUCAGUUAUAUCAGUGUGUGACAUGUAAUGACAGCUCUGACUCUGGAUUUAAAACCCCCUCAUGGUUCGUACAACCUUGAAAAGGUCUUGAAUUUUAGUAGUUGUCUUGAAAAGUCCUUGAAGUCGGUUAAGGUCCUUGAAAAGUACUUAUUUCUUUAUUAGGUCUUAAAAAGUCCUUGAAAUUCACUACCUUGUUUACACCACACUAUUUCUGUGAAAUUAGAUUAUCUUACGAGGAGAAUUUGCCUCAUCCUCGGUGUAAGAACCUGUAAAACUCACGGGUAACGUAAAAACCUUUUUGGCAUGAAAUUACUUUAUUUCUGUUCAAAUGGUAUUUCUGUACCUCAUAUGCAGCCGUAAGUCAUACCCAACGACUGCUUCCAUUUUACAAAGUGUUGUUACAGAAAGUAGUGUAAAAUAAUGUGAUCAACGUAAUUACUCCAUUCAGUGUUUUAGCCAUAAGGUGUUCAAAAGGGGGUUAAAGAAUACUGAUUUUUUGCUUAAAUCGUAGUCCUUGAAAAGUCCUUGAAAUUUGUUUGUCUGAAGUUGUACCAACCGUGCCACUAAUAAAACAUAAGAUUAAUCUGCCCUAACUCAACAUGAAGCGGCCAGGCUUGUUCAUCACAGUGUCUUGUUAAAGAGUUACUUGUUCACUGUAGUUGUUGUAUGGAUGUUGUUGGAUCUCAGGAGAACUCCCUCUAUUAGAUAAAUGUAUAUAUUGUGGUCGUUAAUGAUGCGUGGAGUGUUUCAUUGGGAGACUGAGAAAUUCAACUCUUUGCCUAUUCCUGUUAAUCACCAGUCAUGUUUCUCAUAGGUCGCGAACUUGAAGGCGUCAAUAACCUUAGUAGCCAGAUAUUACGGAGGUGUUUCCCCACCAACAAGUUGCCAGUAUCAACUCUGUCAUCCCCAGUAGCAUUUGCUUUGUUGGAUUUGGACAGCGCUGCCCAUUCAACUGCUGAAGAUCUACAGGAUGACAGUGGAGAAGGUGAGUAAAAGCAGUUUUCUGUCUUAUCCUGAGAACUCCGUGAUAGGAACUAGUAGUAAAAUCUUCAGUAUCCAUAAAUCAUAAAUGCACUGUGCUUCCUCUUAAGCAGUCUUUUAGAGGUAUGCACUUGUCUUCAUUCUGUGAGGUGCUUUACAAGUGUACUUUUCCGAAAAACACUUAUUUCUCUGAACCUGCGCGUUACCUCCGUGAGAAUCCUUCGGCUUCCGUCCACACGUAGCCGGUGAAUCCGGAAUACGAAUCCGCAACUAUUUGAAUCCGCUCUCCAGAGUGGAAAUUUUUGAAUACGCUCUGAAUCCGAAAUCGUGUGGACGCUAAAUCCGGAUAUUUUUUAUCGUGUGACGUAACAAGAUAGAGCCCAGGCCCCAGUUGUUCAAAAGGUGGAUAACGCUAUCCAUCGGAUAAAUCUCUAUCCACUGGAUAGUAAAGCAAUUGGUUUCCCAGAUACUUAUCCAUUGGAGAGCGAUUUAUCCGGUGAAUAGCGCUAUCCAGCUUUUGAACACCCGGGGCCAGUUCAUUACCCUGAAUACUGUAUUAAUUUAGGAUGGCAACCUCGUUCCCAGGUUCUCUCUGUUACUCGUCGAGGAGUCAACCUUGCUCUUCGCAUUUUUCUUUGAUUUCUGGGCUGAUUCUGCCAUAAUUCUAGAUACGAAUUUUGCGCGCCUAACGACGCAUACUCUGAUGCCAAUAUUCCCAGAGGAGUCCCGGGUACACGUGUGGACGUGGAAGUUUCUGAAGCCACAAAGAAAAAUUUGCGGAUUAAAAAAUAUCUGGGUACAUUACAUUUUUUGGUGUCACUUGACUUUCCUUGUUGCUCCUUAUCUUUAUAGGCACUUAAUUUCACAGAAACGUUUAGAUUUACAAAAUUUAUUUAAAAGACCGAUUUCGAGGGCCUAAGGCUAUUAUUGUCAAUGUUCCGGUGUUUUGUCAGAGACGUCGGAUUAUAAGAAAUGUAGAAAAACAAUCGUUUUCAACAAACAGAACCACAUUCACCAUUCUGUAAUUUGAUUUUUUCAAACCAGGUGAAUCGUCAGAGAUUGAAUCUGAAGAAGAUGAUGAUGAAAGUGGUAGCACCAGUCAAGAUGACAAAGAAAUGUCUGAUAGUGGAAAAACUACAAAACCUGGGAGCAAAGCACCCAAGGAGAACAAACCAAAGCCAAGAGAUGAUUUGGUUAUGUAUGAAAAGUUCUUUCCAGAGCUGUUUGAAUUUCAGGUGGGUACUGAUUAGGCGAAAGAAUAUAGGGAACUGACCUAACACGUGAGCGAAACGACUUUUAAAGACGUUGGCGAACAGGUCAGUGCCGGAUAAUGAGGGUACGCGACGUCAACCGCCACCAGGGGAGGUGGGAGGGGCGAUACUUUGAAGUCGUUUCCACUAAACUUUGUUGAACUGGCCAAGAGUCGGCCAACACCGAGCAGUUCUAAGCAAGGGCGGUAGUGCAUCAUGCCUUCAACGUGCAGGCACAAUACGAUUUCCCGCGUCACGGGCCAAUUAUGUAUGCCGUGAGAAUAGAUAAUGGGAGGUCAGUAAUGUUGAAAAAAGUUGUUCCUUGCUGCUGUUGGUCUUGGCCCUCUCCGUCAGUCAUGCGAGUUGGCUGUUGCUCAAUUCUUUUAUCGAGUUAGUCAAUUUAAGUUAUCCAUUUACAAAGACAAUGCGUAAGUCUGUAACAUGACUAGUCAGCAUGUCAAUUAAGCAGUUGGCCAGUUAGCAAGUGAAUCAAUCACCUAGUCAGUCAGCCAGUCAGUCAGUCAUUGUCAGUAAAUCAGUCAAACAGUAAUCAAUCAAUCAUCUGUCAAUGGUCAGUAAGUCCAUCAGUCACUGAGGCAGUCAGUCAUUGAACAUUCUGUGAGUCAAUCAACCAGUCAGUCAUUCAGUCACUAAGUCAGUCAGUGAAUCAAUCAAUCAGUCAAUCAGUCUGUUAGUCAGUCAAUCAUUCCUUCAAUCCGUAACCCAGCUAGUGGGUGAAUACCAUUGAGGUAAAACAUAUGUUCAAGUCCAUCAAAUUGAAUUUGAACUUGAAUGUUACAAAGCCUUUCUUUAAUUUAAUACUUCAUUCCGAGCUUCAAUUCAAGGGGGAAUAGUAUUUCUUCGGUCAUCGGUGGCUACUCUCUAUUUAAACUCGAAUGAAUCAUCCAUUCACUCACUGGCUGUUGAUUUGACAGGUUGAGACUGCAGAACCUAUGGAGGAUGAUGAGACAUUUGUAUCAUAUCCAAUCGUGAUACCAACAGGUGCUGAGGAGCCGCUAUCAUGCUCACCAACGGGACCAAACUGCUUGUCAAACCAGCUUGAUUCCAUGAAUUUUGAUAGGUGUGUUAUAUACUUGUAUAAUCUGAAGUGAAGAGCUAUAUCGAUUUUCGUAUGACCUUGAAGAAUGGUUUCGGUAAAAGUUUGUUAUUUGUUUUACCAGCCAAUGGAUGAUCAAAACACGGCCUCUUCGUUUUACCGCGAAAGAAAACCUUAAUAUGGAGAAGGCAUAGUUCGAUUGGCCAGUCCUUUGCAGUAUGACGUCAAAGCGAAGUAUCGGUUGAGUUCUAGAAAGUUCUCGGGCGUGAAGUUUUUCCACCCGAGCGUUCGCUUAAUCAACCAAGAGCCACACGCGUUGGUAUCCGUUCGAUUAACCAAUCAAAUCCCUCUAUUUCCGUUCUUUUGUUGUUUCUGUUUUGUUCGCGCAUUUUCAUUUCAAGGUCAUACGAAAAUCGCUCCAUCUUUAAAUUAAAUUGUACAACUGUAGCACUACCCACCUUACACGGCUACGUUCUUACGCCCCGGACGACCCGUUGAAAAUUUGAGCGUUUAGGUGUUCCGUUCAUACGAAAUAAAGAAAAGUAAGACGUCUAGACGUUCAAUGGCCCGUGUAAAUAAAUAUUGAACGGUCCCGUGUUAACGAAGUGUUCGGUCAACUUUUUCAGCUAUUUAUCCGUUACCGUGUGUACGUAGCCAACAUGCGAUUGCAUGCAUGGUUCAUAAGUAAUCAGUGGCGGAUCCAGGAGAGGGGUCCGCCCCACCUUUAUUUUUAGACCAAACUGAGGACCAAAGGGCCGGAAAAAAUUUUUUUGAGACCGUCCAAACCAACUACGCGACUGACUAGUGACGAGAACGACUUCGUGAAAGCUAAAACGCCAUACGGGAAAGAAACCUCUGCUCACAGGGUACCCACUUUACUCAGGCGAGAUGAAGAAAAAAGCUACUCCAACCUUGAUUUUUCUUAUUUUGUGUUUCAAUCUCCCAAAGUCCACCUAACCAUUCAAAAGCGAGUGAAACGAUGACGCAAGGCACAGCAACACAGGAAGAGCUUACAGAAGACGAAAGACCUUACUCAGAUGACAAUCCCACUGCUGAUAACUACGGACAGUGCAAGAGCGUCCUGCCAAUUAUCAAGACACCCGCUCCUGAUAUUUAUGGUCACUACCCACCAGUUGAACCUGAACCUUUGGGACAGAAGAAAACAGGGCUUCAGAGGUAUGCGAGUCGCCUAUAGUCCACUAAACGUAGGCAUGUAGCUUGAAAUGAUGUUUAUCAUAAUGUAUUAAUAGAGGCGAACUUUCUCAAAGUGAACACUUUAGUCCAGCUGGUGACCUGACCUGGUAAAACACAGAUAAGGGUCUGUUACAAAAUGCCAUGCAAAUGUUUCCAUCUUACUGUAACCAUUUAUUAAUUAAAACGCUACAGCUUCUCACGUUUCUACGCCGAAAACGCGUCGCCUAAUUGGCCACUUUCAAUGUAAUUUUAGUUGCCAUUUUUAUACGCCAUGGCGACCCAAACGGUCGCAGCUUGGAGUGCUCUGAAGGGAUGAUUAUUAAAUUGUUCGUAUCCGUAAAGUUUCGUCUCUCUUUCACCACGCAUCCAGCGCGGACUCAUGGAUAUUUGUUUAACCUUACGUGCUCAGCUCUUUCGAUGCUAACACGCAGGGUUCAUUUUACCGCGUAAUUGAAAAUUAAAAAUUUUCUCCACGGGGUCCAGGGCCUUUUAAGACCCUCGGAGAAUGUCUGUCUUUUCCACCAUUCCGGGAAAACGUCUGGAAUUUGGAGCGAAUAAUUUAUUGUGUGACUGGGGCGUAGAAUGCAGUGGAAGAAUUAAGGCUAUGAAUUAUUUUCUUUCGGAAAUUAACCCAAUAGAGAACCUUUAAUUUUUUAUUUUACUCUUGCUAAUUUCCUGGAAUUUGGAAUGAGAACCCAGUUUGCAACGCAUUCUGUUUUCCCCCUUUUUCCAGAACUAUGAUCUUCAGGGAUAUUGAGCGUCAAAUUCAUCCUCAAAGAGUCAUAAACAAAGUCGUUUUUGACUUGGAUCUAAUAAUGAAGCAGCAGGAGCCCGAUGCGGACGAUAACUGUUUGUUAGCGGUAGCUAAGGAGCAGCUCAAGCUUGGACACGCCCGUAAACCUAGCAACUCCAGGUUUGUCGUACCUCGGCAUACUGAAAUACGUUAUACGGUAAUAGAGAGUUUAAGCUUCAUCAGGGCUGUCAUUAAGAGGCGGGGGCCGGAGCUUUCCCGCGGCUACUAUGAACGUGGCCCCCGACUACUUUGAAAGGAAAAUAGAAGAAAAAUGGAGCCAAAAGAAACCCUUAGCUGAUUAAUUCCCCGCCUUCUUUUUUUGUUUACCCGGCAACUUAAAAUCCUAGUGACAACCCUGGCUUCAUGUUGAGAAUUUCUCAAAAUAGAAAAUGAACAAAUAAAAACAGCUCAAAACAAUUCGUGUGGAAAAAAAUGUCGUGAAACUACUAAUUUAGGUGUGGGAAUAAUGAACAGCAAUCGACAAGUAAAGAGGAAACUUGGUCACGUGGUACAAAUUCGUGUUUGCCGUUUGACGUAAACGUGAUGCUUAACCUUUCAAAUACCUGGCCACUGUUAUUGUUAUAAAUGUGGGAGACACUCAUUACAAUAAUGGAGCUCUAAUGUUUUAGUUUGAACGAAAUCCUUUGGAUGUGUAUACAGUGUUAGCUGUAAGUCGGUUGACCUUGUUCUUAUUACAGUAUAUCGGAGGGUGAAAGAUCUCCUGAAGAGACAGCCAAACCUCUGAAGUUUGAGUCAAGGUUUGAAAGUGGGAAUCUUCGAAAAGCUAUUCAGGUCAGAAUUUGGUGUGUAUGUUGUCGUAGAUUUUUUUAUCUCAGGUAAUUUUUAUUUUUCCUUUGUUUCAACUUCAUUAGCAUACAUUACCGUACAUUACCAUAAUCAAAAACAAAGGAAAAACAAAAAAUUACAUGUGAUAAAAAAAUAACUGCAGCAUUUACGUUAUGAACCUGCAUUAACAAUUUAGAAUUUAAAUGAAGAAUUGUCAUAUAUGAUAUUGACUGGUUAUAGCUGACGUGUAGGUUCUAGAAGCUACACACAGGUACAGCUCCAAAUGGCAAAAGAACCAAAAGAUAUGCAUUAGUUGCAGGACCCAAGAAUUUUACGAGUUUCCUCAGUUUCAUUUCAUUCAUCAAUCAUUCCCUGCGUUUUGUAAGAGAAAAUUAAAGUCCAGUAAAUUUUCUUCCACGUUUUGGAUUUGUCGACCAGUAAAAGAGCGUGCCAUCCGUUUCAGCAGAACACCUGACUGGUAAGCUUAAAGGAGCUGUGUCACAAAAUUUGUCAAAAUUUAAAUAGUAGAAACUGCCACCAAACUUAGUGGAACAUAAAAAUAAGGGCUCAAAACAUUCAAAAAAGGUGUAAGUAACACCGGAAAUACAAACGAGCCACGGAUGGACAAAAUUGACGAAGAUAAAAACGGAUUGCAAUUGUAGUUUUUGAAACCUUGUCAGUCUAACAGUCAACUCGUUCCCAGGUUCUCUCUCCUACUAGGAGAGAACCUUGGGAACGAGAUUGUCUAACAGGUUUUCAAAGUUCGUUUUUGUUGUUUGUGACGUUUGAUAUAAUGCUUGCGAGACACAUGUUUGACACGAAGCUGUGAUUUUUUAUAAGCAUGUAAUUUCUCAAGUUUCAUAGCGAAUAAGGACGCGUAAUUGGCAUUAUUAACAAAAUGAACCAGACAGCCAUGACGCAGCCCCUUUAAUCAAACAACAAAUUACAAAUUAUCGACCCUUUCGGUAGUUUGAAAGGAGGCCAACAUACCUCUGUGAAAGGCAAAAUCUGUUCUCGGGUUAAAUCCGAAUUUUCUUUGUCUCCUAUGAAUAAUAAAGGCUUGAAAACGGGGGAAAUUCUGGAUCAAAGUACGUUAAAUACUGAGUUAACCUCAGAUCGAUUCUACCUACAACAUCUCCUGAUACAAAGAUGUCUUUUGCCCUCGCAUUUAGCAUCAAUAUUUAACCUUAGGCGUAACUCUAACAAAAUUCUCUAACCUAAUUGGUUGACAGAGUCACAUAUGAGCUAAAUAGAGAUCGAUGUGUGUAGCACAUUUCAGGCUCAGCAUCUUACACUACAGCGUACUCUUUUAGGUGCGUGAUUACGAAUAUGAUUUGGUCCUGAAUCCGGACAUCAACUGUAAGCACCAUCACCAAUGGUUUUACUUCGAGGUGGGUGUCUUUGGUUGCUUAAUGUUCUAAGAUUUGGGUCGAGUUGUUCGAAGGGCAAAUCCAGUGUUACUCGCAUGCUCUUUUAGAGUCAGCUGCGUACCCUGGGUACCAGAGGUUUUUUUUCUCGCGUGCGGCGGAAUGUCACAGAGUCCCCCCCGAGAGGGGUGGUCUAGACCAUCUUUAUGCUUGAUAGGUAUGUGCCGCUGUGAAGAGUAUUGUAGGUCAUCAUUUUCUAGGAACAUGUUCAGUGGGUUGACGAUUUUAGGUAAGACUAGAGAAACAGUUGGCAGUUUAGUGUAGUAUUAGUAUUGGGUGGCAAAAUUCAGCAGAACUUGGUCUGGUGUAAGCUAAAGGUUCCAGGGUCUAGACAGCUCAUCCCACCUACAUCUCAUUUCUUGAAGCUUAGUUUUAGGAGCUAAAAGUUUUCAAAUAGCUUAAAAAUUGGCUUUGCUUUGUUUUCAGGUCAGCAAUAUGAACGCUGAAAUUCCUUACAAAUUCAACAUCGUCAAUUGUGAGAAGAUAAAUAGUCAGUUUAAUUUCGGUAAGAGAAAGCCGCACCUUAUACAUCACUAGAAAGUAAUAUACUGUUUGUGUAAAACCAUUCACAAUGAACGGCGGGCUGGUACGACCUGUAGAAAACUUUCCUGAAUUUCUUUUCGGCAAACGUUUAUGGUUGCCGCGAAACCUAUAACCCGUUUGUCCAUCAGCUUUGUCGCCUUGUCUCUGAGCAACAGGGUGUAGGUUUCUUUACCUAGAUGCACAUUUUUGCUUUCUUUUAGGAAUGCAGCCGGUCAUGUAUUCUACAAUAGAAGCUCAAGAAGGUCGAGCAGGAUGGAUUCGAGCAGGAACCAAUGUCUGUUAUUAUAGAAAUUACUUUACUCGAAGCCGCGAGGCAACCGGUGGGCUAGGAGGAAAAACUUACUACACUUCAACAUUCACUAUUGCAUUUCCUCAUGCGAAUGAUGUGUGUUACUUUGCCUAUCACUAUCCGUAUACAUUUACGAUGCUUCAGGUAGGUUCGUGCAACAAUGCACUCAUUAAUCUCCUCUAACGUAGCUCUCUGAUUUGGAUGCAACUUAAGAUAUUGUUUUCUGUUAGUUGUAAUGUUGUUUUGAUUUUGACGUGGUCUGUUUCAUGUUGCAGGGUCAUUUGUCACGGUUGGAGUCAUCUCUAAACACCAAAGAUAUUUAUUACCGCCGAAUGACGCUCUGCAGCAGCUUAGGAGGAAAUCCAUGUGACGUCAUCACUAUUACUGCGCAGCCUCGAGAAGGAGAUGCUAAGUCCAUUGAAAUACUGAGUAAGAAAACAAAGCCGAUUCUGUGUUUAAGUGAGAGUGUGCUAACGAAAUGAUGGAGUCCUGGCCUUGCGCUUACCUAAUUUUUAUGUAAUAUAUCAAGCAUGAGACGCAGUGUUUCAUCACCAGAUGAAACACUGAGAAGAGAGUUGAAAAAACGAUGCGCAGCGGAGUAUUUAUGUCGAAAUUCGACAUGCGAGUAUGAUGCGUUGCAGUUAGAUGCAACAACACUGGCGACCCCAAGGAAGGGAUAGGCAUGCAUAAAAUCCCUUAAUUUGUAAUAUAGCUGGCUCAAUAUUCAGUAACAUCAAGGGGAGAUGCAACAGACAUUACAGUGUCCUCUCCCUUCGAGACCCAGCUUCUUAACGCUGGCUCGAGGUAAAGCCUCCCACUAGCAGACAUCCUUCGGGCUUCGCCGUCAUGCGCUCCUAAGUCCUUUCCGUACAGCUUGAACAAUCUGUAUGAAUCUCCUUUGGUUUCGCCGCUCAAACUCUUUGUUUGCUGUAUGUUACGUAUGAUAGAACGGACACCAUUAAGUAGGGUAAUGACAAUAGUCGACUGAAUUUCUGCCUUCCUUUCUUCGAACAUUGUGUAGCCAAAUGCUGUCACCAACUCGAAAAGGUUUGUUGGAUACUCGCUUGUUUUAUUUUCUCUUCUUCUUCUUCUUCUCUUCCACAUUCCCUGAGUGACGCCGCGCUGUCUCGUACGCGCUAGCAAGUCCCUGCCGUAGGGUCAACGCAUACUCAGUUGAUGAAGGAACAGCGUUCGGGGCUGACAUCAGUAAUUACAUCCUGUGACACUUUAAUUUCUCAUCCCGUGGAAUCGUUGACGACUUCUGUGAACCGUGGGAAGUUUUAAGUCCCAAUCAUCCUGACUCAAUAUUCAAUUGCAACGUUCUACUUAGCCCUGCGACUGUGGAUGUGGGGGUCCUUCUCGUUUUCAAUGUCCAAGAGCUUACACGUCUCUCACAUAACUUUGGACUCGAAGUCAGGAAGUCAGUUGCUUGGUCGCUCUAUAUCGCCCUUGGAAUUCCAAAACGACAGAUAAAUUCACCCACUAACCUCUCAGCUACUGUGGAAGCUUCUCGGUUCGGAACUCCAUCGGCCUGGCCAGCUGCCCCUCUGGUUCCUGGACCUUUAGCAAAGUUCGGAGAGGUGCAUGGUCGGUUCAUAUGAGAAGUUUUGGCUCGCUUGGAAAUUCUUCACUAAUUCCAAUGCGGCAAGCAGUUCUUUCUGCGUCGCACACUGACAGUAAUUCCUCUCCUUUAUUCAACAUUCGGCUGGCAUACGCAACCGGAUGCUCCACCCCAUCCUUUACCUGACUUAAGACAGCUCCAAUACCAUGUUUGCUAGCAUAUGUGUCGGCUGUAAAUCUGGUUACAACAGGACUAAGGCUUUUGAAGAUCAGGUCGUCAACAGGUCAAAUGACGCCUGGCACUCACAUGUCCAGGCAAAGUCAACAUGACCUUCAGUUAUUAGUUAAUGAAGCUGUCUGGUCAAUUGAACAAAAUUAGGAAUACAGCGUCGAUAGUAGCUGGCAAGUCCUAAGAAGCUCUUCUGUUGCAUUCUCUGGCACUGGCGAAUCACGCACGCGUUCAACCUUAGCAGGCUCAGUCUCUAUGUCACGUUGAGACAAUAUGACCCAGCUACGUGACGCUCUUCUGGAACAGUACCCAUUUACUCGUUUUGAGCUUGAGUCCAGCAGAUCUAAACUGUGGGAGCACCUCUAGCUGUUCCAGUUCCCCUACGAAUGUUUCCCUACACUUUGACGUCAUCUAAGUAAAUUGAGUAGGUUUCAAACAUGAGUCCUGACAAAGCCAGUUCCAUAUAUCUCUCAAACGGUGUUUGCGUAAAUCCAAAGGCAUGGAAGCUCACUCACAAAGACCUGAGGUAGUCAGAAAGCCGCUUUGCCACUGCUAGCGGGAACCUGCCAGUACCCCUGAAGCCAAAUCUAGCGUGCUGUACCACUUUUCUCCGGAAAGCUCACUCGAAGAGUCGUCAUUUCGAUGUAGGGAGCCUGUAGCUGCACUUGAGCUCAGAGUUGGUGUGUCCGACUGAUGAUAUUUUAAAAUUGAAGGCAAGGCUGAUCAGAUAGCUAAGGGUUGGUAAUUUACAAAUUUAUGUGCGCAAUAUUUCGACUAGACAAAACUAGUCUUCAUCAGGGGCUAGAGAAGCUAAGUGUUUUGUUGGGCUUGCAAUUUUUUUUGCUGGCGUUCUAUUUUGCGUUUGAGCUCAUCAACUAGUAUCUGAAACGGCACUCGCCUUUAAUCUCCGAGCGUAUAAACAACCAGCUUAGGUCUUCAAAGUCGUCAGGUUUAAAUGGAUUGACCGACCUUAUUGGACGCGACCACCGCUGUCAUCGAUGUAAAGGAAGAGAGAAACUCAUUCUGUGUAGAUCUAUUAAACAGUGGAACCCACUAUGGUUCAACAUGCGGCCAUCUUAAUUACGUUCGUAAAACUACAAUACAAAACAUCCCAGUGGACUGGUGAGGGUUCACGAUGGGGUUACGCUUCCAUUACAAUAUCAUUCUUAGACUCGGCAAGUUUAAGGCGCCCUUUGUAGCAGUGUCGAGGGAGAUUCGGUAACCAGUCGUGAGUCCGUGUCAAAAGGUGAGGACAUGGAAGGUCUUUUCAACGCCGCCGUCUGUGUUUAUUCCGGAGGCUUGUUUGAGCUUGUCUAUUUAGGUGUGCUGGCCUUGGUGUUUACUGGCUUUCAUCGACAACUUGAAUGUAUAAUAAUAGCCAUAAUGUUGGAUUGUAUUAAAACUAUUUAACUUUGAUUAAGUUUCUUUCAUUUCGUUCUUUUAAGAGAUUAGCCUUAAUUUUUCUUUUUACACCUAUUUUAUUCCAAACAUCGAUCGCCUACAAUACUCCUCUUGACAUAUAUGACAUAUCAGUUAUAGGUGUUCAAUACACAUGGUUUGUUAAAAUGUAGUUUGUGUGUUACAGGGAACAGACCGUAUAUAUUCCUUACUAGUCGGGUACAUCCAGGCGAAAGCAAUUCGAGUUGGGUCAUGAAAGGUAUGAAAUGAAAGUGCAUUUUUGAAAUUCUAAAAUUUCAUGAUCUGUUUUUUUGUACUUAUCUAUACGCAGCAUAGUAGUCAAGAUGUUUGUUCAUCACUUAACUUUUACAACUUGUGACUAAACUUAAGGUAGAAUGAAAGAUCUUUAGGCAACACACGCGCCACACUGUCACUUUUUAAGGAAGUUCUCUUAUUUAAAUAUCGGCUUAAUUUCACAGCCAGCACCUAGGCCCUAGUUACAUAGAAGGAAUGUGACCAUCCUAGGGAGGACAAUCCUUUAUUUUCUCUGUGUUUCGUUUGCACGAGAGUAGGUUUACUUUGACGAAAGAAUUACACUAACUGCUUUCUAGUGUAACCCUUAUAGAGGGACAACCUUUUUGACAUGCAUAAUAAUGGUCUAAGAGGUUACAGGCCAGGUCAUGGUAAAUUAAGAAUAUAAUUAAGUGUCACUAGCAACAUAUCCUGGCGUUAAACUAUUUCUUGUAAACGGGGGCUUUCUUUUGAACGUGCUAGGGUAAUCCCCCCUUAAAUGUUUUAACAACCGAAACCGUAAUUCUUACGUGCGUACGUGCGUAAAAUUUACGUUCGCAAAUAAAAUAGAAGCAAUGUAUGAAAGGUCGCUCGUAAGCGUAAAAGUAGAACCUCGCUCAACUUCACGUUUAAUCUCAACACUUUAUAUCAUGUCUAUAUUUUAUUUACGUGCGUUAACGUGAGUAGCCAAAAACGCGUCAGUGGAAAUCAACCUUAAAAGAUGAACCUCGCUCAAUUGUUACGUUUCCGUGUGACCUUUCAUACAUUGCUUCUAUUAUAUUUACACGAGUAAAAUUAACGUGUGUACGCACGGAAAAAUGACGCGACAGCGGAAAUUCACCCUUAAAGUAAGUACUUGCACCUUGUACUAAGCGGUGGCGUUAGGUUUCUGCUGAUAAAGAUAACGCGACAGUGGAAAUCAGCCCUAACGUGUACGCGCGACCUACCAUACUUGGUUUCUAUUUUAUUUCCACGCCUAAAAUUUACGUGCGUACGCACGGAAAAAAUACGCGACAGUGGAAAUCCAGCCUAACUGAUGUACGUUUUGUUUUGAUGGCAGGAGUGUUGGAUUUUCUAAUGAGUAACUUCUACACUGCCCGUCAUCUUCGGGAAACUUUUAUCUUCAAGAUUGUUCCCAUGCUCAACAUUGACGGCGUUGUUAAUGGCUGGUAAGGAAUAGGUGUACCUUAAAGCUUUUAAAACUCCGCGGCUAUUAUUGCGCCAUCUUUGUCUUACGUUUUCGUAAGGGUCCUUGCAUGCCUGAUCUAUUUGAUUGGCUACUAUACCAAUCUCGAUAUAUGUUAGAAUACUUAAUUUGCGGUUGUGCGUAGAGAAGAAAAUCUCAGUACCGCUACAAUGUUUUCUCUCGCGGUGGACACCAAUGUUGUCUGUCUUUCUCUUCUUUUUUGUUUUUUUUCUCACUCGCAGGAGAUAAUUUGUCUAGAGUAGCCAAACACGUUGUUUGUGUUUCUUUAGAGAUUAAUCAUAAAGUAAUUUGUUAUGUAAUUCAUCAACUAGCCUCCCCGCAGACGUCCUUUGGGGUUCGUUUGUCACGCAUGCGUGACAAACGAACCCCAAAGGACGUCUGCGGAGAGGCUAUUCAUCAACAAGAUACUCGCAAGAGCGGUCGUCGGUCAUCUCCAGGUGUACUGAGUACUCAGCGACUUUUGGCGUGAAACAUUUUUAUUGUUAGAUGUAAUGGGACUUCGGAGUGGCCAAUGAGAGUGCGUGCGGUUGAGGACAAAUUAAAUGCCAGCCUUACAACAAAGAAUUGUAAUUAACUAUAUGCAACCUUGCAUUGCAGUCACCGAUGCUCUUUAUCAGGUGAUGAUUUGAACAGACGCUGGAUCUAUCCUAGCAUGCUACUCCAUCCUACUAUAUAUCACGUGAAGGGUUUACUCCUGUAUCUCCAGUCAAUAGAAAAGACGCCUUUGGUGAGUUUGACCUCGCUAAUGCGCGGGUCUUGACAAACUGCGUGGUGUAUUCUAUCACUUAUAAGACGGAGAUUCCGUUAAAAUACAUUUUUAUACUGCCUAACAAUAUUUUGUACAGUGGAACCUCGAUAUAACGAAGAGCUAAAGGUUCUUUUUUAUACGUUUCGUAAUUACUGGGGUAAAGAAAAUCGUUCGUUAUACCGAGGACCUCGUUAUAUAGAGGUUCGUAAUAUGGUGUUUCCACCGAAAAUGAGGAUAUGCACCAGUCUUAGGACGACAAACCAGAAGAUUAGUCUACAGCAGAGAAUCUAGAUAUAAAAGACAACAAUAACGCAGAGCUACAAAUAACAUUCGGUCACGGUCAUAUUCGGCUAAACCUGGCCAAUUAAGACGAAAUCCUACCUCGGACGGAUCAAAAGCCGAUGACGAUAUAGUACAUGAAACAAGAAAAUACGGUCUGAACGACUGGAGUUUCCUGUCAUUGUUGUAUUGUGCUAUUUGUAUUUUGGUGAUUGGCGGAGUGAGUUGGUUGGGUGUGAUCCCAGGUUUAUGUUAUUGUGAGCUAACCCUUGAUAAUGUGAUACAUACAUACACUGUUUACAGGUAGUCAUUACAAGGAGGAUCAUGAGGUUAUCCCUAUAUUAAGAUCUCUCCUUAUAGAUAACCCACCCAGCCCAGGAAAGGUUGGCCACACCACCGGGGUCUACUUCCCCUACAUGAUCAAGUAGUUAUCACUCGUCAAAACGUUAAAACGGUUAAUCGUAGACGUGUUCAUUCGAGAACUCAUCGUAUUUACGCCAGCAAAGGGUGUUUAUAGAAAUCGGAAACAGGCUUGUGGAAAAUUGACUUUAGCAAGACGGGCUUUAGUUGUGGUCGAUCUAAAUCAUCCAGACAGCCUCGAUUUUAAACAGCGCUUGACAAAACAGCUUUGGUGCGAAUGCGGUAUAAGUAUUACAGUACGUCCUACAAAUUUGGCAAAACCUUCGCGAUGUGGGCUAAGUAGGCGGUUCUAUUACCUGUAAUAACACUGAUGGUAAUUGUUGAUUGUAGGUUUAUUGUGACUUCCACGGCCAUUCACGUAAGAAAAACGUGUUUAUGUACGGCUGUAGCACGGCUGCUACUCUGGCAGCAAGUUCAUCUAGUUCAGCUGACAUUGAAAGUGAUUUGGUGGAUUCAGUGAGGGAGCGUGUAGCAGAGCUGUCUGGCUCCGACUCCACCAGUAGUAUGGAUCCGAGUGAUGUGGACGAAGAUCCCGGAUAUAGGGCGAGUAUUGUUAAAAUCUACAGCCAGUUAUAGUUAGCUAUUCUUGUUUUUGCUCUGAAGCAUCUGAAUUCCCUGCUUCUGAUUGGCCAAAAAAGUCAAAAGCAGGGAUUUCAAUUGUUUCUUGGGUAAGUUUAGUAAAAUGCAAUUUCCCAGGGGUUUUCCCGUACUUUAAACAAAAUCUAAGUACCAUAUGUACUUAUUACGGCACUCAAAUCUAACGUGUCAGUGUUGUCUAUUAUUUAUUUAUUUUUUGCAGACAUUACCUCGCGUGCUUCACAAUAUCGCACCAGCGUUCUCAUUAGGCAGCUGUAGUUUUAUUGUAGAGCAGUCUAAGGAAUCGACCGCCAGAGUUGUAGUGUGGAGAGAGAUUGGAGUGGUGAGAAGCUACACAAUGGAAAGUACAUAUAGUGGCUGUGAUCAAGGGCCGUACAAGGUUUGUACCUGGUAUCUAAACACACCAUUAUAGAUCUAGCCGGAUUUUUGAAAAUGAAUGUACCGAAAUUUGCAUUCAUAUCCACUUGAGUGGAAAGGGGCCAAUAGGCAGGUUUUUGCCUCCGAUAAAACGCGAAAAUGAAAAUCACAGAAGCGAAGAAAAGGGAAAGAAAAAAUAGAAAGAUUGAGGAGAGAGAAAGGAUGAGAAGAGAAAAUGGGCAAUGGUUGCACUCUUAGUGUUCAUAUUGGCUACUUAACUGCUUGAAGAAAGAGCGAGGUCUAUUCGGCGCUAAUGUUUUUAAAGUUCCAGCCAGAGAUAACAGGCGUGUCUGAUGUCGUUGAUCCAAAAGGGACGGUUACUAUCUGGGCAGGCUAGAAUACCUUCCAAAAAAGCAAUUGUUCAAGUGACAUGGGAAACAGAUAUCCUAGACAUGCACUAUUUGCGGGUGACAAGGGGAACCCGCAGUCCUAAUCUCCAGGCUGCUUUUACGCGUGCAAAGCAAGUACGGCACGUAUAUAGACAGCUUCGUUUGGACGUCCACGAAAUAGAAACGGAAUGCGCAGAACGCAAUCUGAUCAAGCUUGUUUAGACCUUCUAUCACGUAAAACUACGCAAGGCACAGCGUUGGAGCGAGGAGCGUUUUGACCACCUUAUAUUUCUUUGUUUACGAUUUAGGCAAACUGUGUCCAUUUAAAGUGAAUCUCAACAGUUGAGAAAAAGAGUUGAAUAAUUUAAAACGUGAUGUUUAAGGACGUAACAGUGUAUUUUAAGUAAGAGGAAUUUGUGACUUUCUCUUGUCACUUAGUUGAUAAUAUCAAUACUAGGCUCUUACUGGUUAAGAACCUCUUUUUUAAAAGUAUAAAAUAAGUGAUUAAGCGUGCUUUGGUAUGUCAAGUUACGGGUGGGGUUGCUUUUUCUCUCAAAGGGUUAUCAUGUGGGAACAAGAGAGCUUGAGGAGAUGGGUCGCUUCUUCUGUGCUGGCCUGCUUCGUGUUGGCCGCUCGUUCUUCUACCGUAAUAAUCAGAUGUCGAAUGACAGCGCGAGUGAAAUGCACACUGCGGAUAGCUCUUGGUAAGUGAUUGUUAACAGUUCAGUAUCAAAUCGUCGAUUAAAAGCGUGUAAAACUGUUAAUGUUGCAUGCCCUAGCCCAUUCACCUUGCUUGUCUUGCAAUCACCUCUCCUCGCCUCCGUAGUUGUUUCCACUUAUACUCAGUUUAAGAGGCAGUCUCCCUAAAAGCGGUCCACUCGAUUUCGCGACAAAAAAUACUUUUCCUUUAUUUUUUGUCGGUGAAGAGGCUUUAGUAGGUGUAUACUAAAAUCGCUAUUUUUGUUUGCAAAUUCUUAUUCUUAGCUCUGCUACAAGCCAAAAACGAAUUGAGUCCGUCCCGGUUUCUCAGAGAGUGUUUCGAAGACUAAAAUUGAUGGAUUUUGAAAAGCGCGUUGCAAACAAACGAAUGCCCGCACAAAAAAUCUGUUCGAUUCAGUUUUUCAAGUUAACCUUCGAUAGUUCACAGGCUAAAUAAAAAUAUCUUUGAUCAAAACAUGUUCAAGUUACAGUGGUUCAAAGAAUACCUAUUUUGCAGGCUUAAUCCAAACCCUGAAAGUAAGGAAGAUUUGAGGGAAAAUAUCUCAAAAGUUGCGGCCUAAAUCUGGUUUAAAAAUCAUAUCAAAGUAAAGUUUUAAGCUUAUUUUUUUGGUUUAUAGGCUCAGACUUGCGGGUAUCUUCUGGGAUUGCAACCAACAGUAGAUUAUAAUCUGCCAUUUUGCGUAUUUGCAUAAUUACUGGCCGUGUCAGAUGUCAUGAUUGUACAGGUUAAAAGUUCCAUGAAAUUGCCUCUUUUGACACUUGAAUUCGUCUCCGACCUCUAAAAGAGAGUAAUUAAGCUUCUUUAAGUACUUUUGAAUCGAAAGAGAUAUACUAACAGGGAUGGUCAUGCAUGUUACUGAUAACCACGAUCAACUGGCGGGCGCCGUCGUCUUGUAACUACCUGCACUGAACAGUAAACAAUGUUUUUAAUAGAAUUCUCGAGAUCAGAAGUUGAUCCAAGCGCUCUAAGUAAUGAAAAUAAAUAUCACUACCCCGGGAUAAAAAACAUGUACAAGAAAGGCAACGUAGAAUUUUAAGUUCUUUCCGCAAUUUCAGAGUGAAUUUCACCGCGGUGCAUAAAGGUUCAUAAAUUAUAGUAAUAAUCAGGCUGUUUAAAAACGUUUGACGCACAACAAAAACAAUUAGUCCUUUACCGUCUUAUCUGUUCUCGGUAAAUAAGACGCUUACCUUUACUUUAGAUUCUUGAUGGAAGAAUUCUAUCCAGGCAGCUGAAGUUAUGCAGUUUCGUUAAUUUUCAAAAUGAAAUCAUAGCGUGAUAGUGUCACGUAAUGUUAUGGUCACGUGGCUACGUAACCCGUCGGCGGCCAAAAUCUUUGUGACAAACGAAAUUUCUGUUUCUCUCCAGACAAAAAAAGCCCUAAUUGAAUGAGUUUUUCCUCCUUAAAUUGCACAAAAUGCGUAUCACACCAAGGAAUUUGUAUUGGUAAAGUUUUUUUUUUUUUAUUUUUUAUCGCGCGACCCGAUGAGGAGGGGCAGGCAACCUCUCCCUUCGAAUCACUUUUUGACUCCCCCCCCAACUCUCGGUCUAUCGAAUGUUCAAAUCGAUCGCACAGCAAAAUACGCCUUGCAAGCUAUAUUAAUCGCUUCCUUUAAAACGUUUUCAAAAAUCACGUUAGCAUGCCAGCAAGGUGUAAGGUUGGCUUUAGGUGCAUUUUUUGAACCCUCUUUUAUCCGUUCAUUUCAUCUUAUAUAUAUAUGGUACAUUUCUAACAUUGAGGAACAGUAUAAAGGAUUAGAGAGGUGACCUACCAACCCUUUUGCCCCAACCUGCCAGUUCGCUAAUUGUAAUUGUUGCACAUGAGCAUUCAUUUCUCGGACUUGGCAAAGCAUAAUUUUUAGAGCAAAAUUUGAUUCCUGUUUUUCAAGUUUGUUGCUUAAAGAAGUGAAAUCGCACAAUUGAGAUUAGGAACCUGGUAGGGUGGCCUGUGCUACCUGGUCUCUAAUCCCUUAUGCUGUCAACUUAGAAGUCCCAUAUAAGAGGCCAAAAUAGGUAGUACGACAAAAACGUUUCCAAAGAACGGAUGUAAUUAUAAUAGUCUUUAAAAAUGCACCUACAGGGAGUCUUGUAGUUUCCAUGUAGAGUAUUUAAUGUGACGUCUUGUUGACAUACGGGUUACGCGAUUUUGACGUUCUAAAGGAGAGAGGUCUGGCCGGGGGUUUUGGGUUUUCAGGUAUCUGGGCUCAAUUUUGUUCAGGUUUGCGGAAUUUCAGUGCCACGAUAAGGAUAUAAAUUAUCUUUUUUUCUAAACUUUUGAUAUUAAGACAGAAUUUUUUAUGUAAAUAUACGUUGUCACACUGAUCAAAAUAUGCUGACCAAAAGUUCGCAUGGGCUGGCAAAAGAGGGAAUCUACCGGAUUAGACUUGCAUGACCGAACUGCAGUGAACCGAAAGUUAUACAGUUCAUCUGGGUGUGUUGUUUUACAGCAAACUGUCUCAUAAUCCCGAUUUCUUCCAAAUUGCACCAAUAUUGCUUGAUGAAGCGUGUAUGAAGUACCGUUCUUCCAGUUCAAGUGGCUUUCUGUGUGUCAAAAUAUCGAAGAAUAUAUUCCAGUACUUGUUGUAGGAUCUGAUGGGCCACCUAAGCCCAAGAAAAAUUAAGAAGUGCCACUGUCAAUUUCCAUCUACGUCCCAAACUUUUUCUUGAUGAAGCUUAAUGCUAAAAAGGGUAAAGAGCCACGGUUGUGUUUCAUAAAGGGACCCUCAGCUACCCCCUUUACGAAUUGAUCAACAAGUACUCAAAACAGUUCGUUCGCACAAGGUUCGAGGCAGCGGGGAGGGAGGUAUCUCCCAGGAAAUUGGUGCAGUGGACCUGUGGCUAUCUGCAUCGCUGUCUUACGUUCCGUCCUAGAGUACAAUGUUUCGUGGCUUGAUAUAACGCCCUUCCUGCCCAUCUGCCUUUAAUAAUAUGCGAGCUUUAAGGAUAAUAUACCUCCGGAAGCUUUACAAUUUGCUAGAGUCGUUAGAGUUGAGGACAGGCGCAGUGGGCUCUGUAUGAGCACUGUAUUGUCACCUGUGAUUAAAGAUCAUUUAUCUAUAUAUUUUAUUUGUUUAUUUAAUAUUUAAUAUUCACAGUAUUCUUCAGUCGAUUUAACCACAUCUUUUACUUAAAUUGUUCUCUCAGAACACGUAGCCUUUCUUGCGUCCACUAUUUCCAAGGGCCUGCUACGCAGGCUAAGAACACUAUAGAAAUCAGGGCGUCUCUGGGGAAGCAUGCCGCCUUAUCCCGCCCGUAGCGACUCGCUCCUUGUCCUUGGACGCUAAUACUAGAUUCUGGGAUAAAUAAAAAAGGUUGGACGGCCUGUCUCAGUCGGGAAAUACCUUAUUUAGGUAUAUAGUAUUCUUUUUCAAGGUAAUUUCAGGCAUUCGGUAUCAAAAGUUUUACAAAUCUUUAGCUCUAUUGGUAUCUUAUGUGGACAAAAGCGGGUAUAUUGGUAUCCCACGUCCCCCACCCUCACCCUCUCUAUGCGCGCCGGGCCUGAAAAUAUGGAAGGGCGGAGUCCAUGCCGUGAAAAUAGUGAUUCAUUACCAAUACAAAUUCCUUGGUGAGAUACGUUUUUUGUGCAAUUUAAGGAGGAAAAACUCAUUCAAAUAGGGCUUUUUAUCACAAAGAUUUUGGCCGCCGACGGGUUACGUAGCCACGUGACCAUAACAUUACGUGACACUAUCACGCUAUGAUUUCAUUUUGAAAAUUAACGAAACUGCAUAACUUCAGCUGCCUGGAUAGAAUUCUUCCAUCAAGAAUCUAAAGUAAAGGUAAGCGUCUUAUUUACCGAGAACAGAUAAGACCGUAGAGGACUAAUUGUUUUUGUUGUGCGUCAAACGUUUUUAAACAGCUUGAUUAUUACUAUAAUUUAUGAACUUUUAUGCACCGCAGUGAAAUUCACUCUUAAAUUGCGGAAAGAACUUAAAAUUCUACGUUGCCUUUCUUGUACAUGUUUUGUAUCCCGGGGUAGUGAUAUUUAUUUUCAUUACUUAGAGCGCUUGGAUCAACUUCUGAUCUCGAGAAUUCUAUUAAAAACAUUGUUUACUGUUCAGUGCAGGUAGUUACAAGACGACGGCGCCCGCCAGUUGAUCGUGGCUAUCAGUAACAUGCAUGACCAUCCCUGUUAGUAUAUCUCUUUCGAUUCAAAAGUACUUAAAGCAGCUUAAUUACUUUCUUUUAGAGGCCGGAGACGAAUUCAAGUGUCAAAAGAGGCAAUUUCAUGGAACUUUUACCCUGUACAAUCAUGACAUCUGACACGGCCAGUAAUUAUGCAAAUACGCAAAAUGGCAGAUUAUAAUCAACUGUUGGUUGCAAUCCCAGAAGAUACCCGCAAGUCUGAGCCUAUAAACCAAAAAAAUAAGCUUAAAACUUUACUUUGAUAUGAUUUUUAAACCAGAUUUAGGCCGCAACUUUUGAGAUAUUUUUCCUCAAAUCUUCCUUACUUUCAGGGUUUGGAUUAAGCCUGCAAAAUAGGUAUUUUUUGAACCACUGUAACUUGAACAUGUUUUGAUCAAAGAUAUUUUUAUUUAGCCUGUGAACUAUCGAAGGUUAACUUGAAAAACUGAAUCGAACAGAUUUUUUGUGCUGGCAUUCGUUUGUUUGCAACGCGUUUUUCAAAAUCCAUCAAUUUUAGUCUUCGAAACACUCUCUGAGAAGCCGGGACGGACUCAAUUCGUUUUUGGCUUGUAGCAGAGCUAAGAAUAAGAAUUUGCAAACAAAAAUAGCGAUUUUAGUAUACACCUACUAAAGCCUCUUCACCGACAAAAAAUAAAGGAAAAGUAUUUUUUGUCGCGAAAUCGAGUGGACCGCUUUUAGGGAGACUGCCUCUUAACCUUGACUUUGAAACGCCCCCUCUGGACAACUUUCAGUCCUAGCGUACAUCCAUCCAUUCGCUUUUUGAACCUCAUGGCAACGGCCAAAACAGUGCGUCUCAACUGCCCUGCUACGCCAUUGGAGAGCAGAUGAUGUUCAAACAGGUGUACCGAUGUACAUUACUCGCUCUGUUUUGUUACCUUGUUGGUGUGAACAUCUUGUUUCUAAUGUAUUGAGAAAGCUUGAUUGCUGCUUAUCAAAGUGCUAUAAUGUUAAAAUGUUCUACCCUUUUCCUCCAAAGUUGGUCUCCUCUCUGGAACUGCCCUCUAUCUACAAGGUGACCUUUGUCGAGACACUCGGCUGUAUACACAAGUCAGUGGCACAAAGAUGCCUUUGUAGAGGAGCUAAGAUAGGAACCUUCGUCAUACACAGGCUUCUCCGUCCUUAGUUUUCUGGCUUGCUUAUUUCAACCCAAUUUUUAUAAGUGAACGACUUUGAAUUUGGAAUGGGUUGCCCCCCCCCCCCUCCCCCUCUACUUGAAAAUGUAAAUGACCCUCUAAGUUGGUCCUUAAAGACGCAGGUCAUCGUAGGCCCUUUAAAUGGUGGACAUUUUGGUUCCUGGAAAUUCAAAAGUCCUUUUGAUAAGUUCUGAGUACUGACUUUGGUUAUGGACGGCAAAGGAUAGGUAUUUUCUUUUGGGGUGCGUGCGUCCAAAGGUAUUGAUGCUUUGCGAAACAAAGGUGACAUCAAACAAACAAACAUUUUAAAACAUUCAAUACUCACCCAACAAAAGACGCUUUAUUGAAUUCUGGUUUGUUGGUUUUUUUUUUCUCAGGAUACGAACAAGUGAGCUUUUCGUUCCUUGUGAGCUGGUUAGUAGUGGAGUUGUAAUCUAAGCUUCCAUUUGAUGCGUGUACAAAAGCAAGAAGAAGCGCGCAAACCGGGAAAACGGAGGUCUCUUAGUUACGUAAUGAAAUUAGCAGGCAUGUAGUUAUAAUGGUCAUAUAACGCGCAUACAGUAUAUACCCGAGUAUAACAAAGCCAACCCAGAAGAGGGCUUAUUUUUUAAAGGAAUCAUGAAUUCUAAGGAAGGAAACCUGUAGCUUUUUUGGGUUAAAUAUUUGCAUCAAGAAUGGAUAAUCACAAAGGAAAGUACCCUACAGUACUCGGUGGGUGUCGUCAGGUUUGGAAAGCCUGAAACAGGAAAACGUUGGAACUACUCGUGAUUAAACAAAUCGGACUCCCUCUACGCGGUCGUCCGAUUUUGUUUAUCACUCGUAUGACUAAAGACCGAAUUGGACUCCACUAAGUACAUUACGAAUGGCGGGGAAAAUGUGUUCUUUGUAACAGGGUUUGUUAUAUGGGGGUCCUUUUCGGUUAAUUUCUUUCAUGAUAACUGGGGUAAAGGGUGUCGUCAAUUUGGGUUCUCCAUUGUCAAUGGGCUCGCUGUAGGAUAUCGGGGUUCCGCUUUAGUUUUGAUGAGGAACCAUUGUUGCCAUACGGUUUUUUUAGGGAAGGGGAAAUAGUGCUGAAAGUUAUAUUAAAGUUCACGCAGUAGUUGUUGUAUUCAAAGUUAAGAGAGAAAACUGACGACAGAAAUGCGUCUUGAAAAGACAAAACUAACUCAAAGGUCCAUUUAUAGUAGCCUUGUAGUGUUUGUCCACAUCCCACGGGCUUCUCUCAGCAAAUAUACUUUGCUCUUUUGUCGCCACGUGAUCUCAGUUCAGUCACGUGAUCAGAAGUGGUUGUAUAUGAUGAAGGAGGUCCUAUAGAGCGUUUUCACGUGACGUCACGGGAGCCAUAUUGGUGUUCCAAAACAAUGAAACGGUGGCCAUGUCGGUGUACACAGAAAAUACU